AUGGAUACAUGGUUAUGUGAAGAUUCGAGUUCUAUUUCUUCUAAUGGUCAUAUGGUGAAGGUUAAUGGUAGUCAAAGUGGUACGCCUGUUAACGCUCUAUUUAAAGAUAAAGAUGGUGGAGCUGUGGAUGGACAACAUUAUUGGGAGUUUAAAUUUAAUAAAGUGGAUAGUGCAUUCAUUGGUGUAACAACAGAAAGUAAAUUUGCACCAGGUUAUGGUCUUAAAGGGUUAAUGUAUGGUGGACCUGGUAACUUAUCCGAUGGUAGUAGUGGAUUAGCAUUCGGAUUUGGUCCUAAAAUAAAAGAUGGUGAUAAAAUUGGAUUAUUAUUAGAUUUGAAUAAUAACGACCUAAAACUGCACAUAUUUCACAAUGAUCAAUCGAUAGGAACGGCAUUUCAUUUACAGGGAUCAUAUCCAACACCACUCUUUCCUGUGGUACAUUUUGAUGGCGAUGGAGAAAUGACGAUCAGAAAAUUAAAUAAAAUUCCAACAGAAUUAAAACGAAAUCAAGCUAAUUUCACCGGCAUCGAAGGCGAUUGGAAAAUGAAAGAUAAAUUUGAAAAAUUGUCAGAUGGAUGUAACUGGAAAAACUAUACAUUUAAUAUUGAAUCUGCUGCUAAUGAUGGUAGAAAAGAUAUAUAUAGAUUGUCUGUUGGUAUAUGCAAUCGUUUAUGGAGUGAAAUAACAAAAGAAUCCGAUGGUACAUGGAAAAUUGGUGGAAUUAUGUCAACACGCAAGGGUGGUCAACCAGAAGAAAUGACCGCUGAACACACAGUAGGAGAAUUUCUUCGACAUCUCAAAAAUAUUGAUCUAGACUCAGUUGGAUGCCUGAUAUUAAAAACCGAUAAUUAUGAACAAAUGGUACUUCAACGGUACUCAAAAGAUGUACCAAAACCAGUCACUCAAAAUAUAUUUGAUGCUGGUUAUUGA